AUUUACUGUUCUUUUGGCGGAACAUCCAAAGGGCUGCACUUCAAUAACUUAAUAGUUGGACUUGUCCUCCUUACAAGAGGCAGAGAUGAAGAGAAAGCAAAAUACAUUUUCAGUCUUUUUUCAAGUGAAUCUGGGAGCUAUGUUGUACGAGAAGAAAUGGAAAGAAUGCUCCAUGUAGUGGAUGGUAAAGUCCCAGAUACACUCAGAAAGUGUUUCUCAGAGGGUGAAAAGGUAAACUAUGAAAAGUUUAGAAAUUGGCUUCUUCUAAACAAAGAUGCUUUUACUUUCUCUCGUUGGCUACUAUCUGGAGGUGUGUAUGUUACCCUCACGGAUGAUAGUGAUACUCCCACUUUCUACCAAACUCUGGCUGGAGUUACACAUUUGGAGGAAUCAGACAUCAUUGAUCUCGAGAAACGCUAUUGGUUGCUGAAGGCUCAAUCCCGGACUGGACGAUUUGAUUUAGAGACAUUUGGCCCAUUGGUUUCACCACCUAUUCGGCCAUCUCUAAGUGAAGGGUUGUUUAAUGCUUUUGAUGAAAAUCGUGACAAUCACAUAGAUUUUAAGGAGAUAUCCUGUGGGUUAUCAGCUUGUUGCAGGGGACCCCUGGCUGAAAGGCAAAAAUUUUGCUUCAAGGUGUUUGAUGUUGACCGUGAUGGAGUUCUUUCCAGGAUUGAACUGAGAGACAUGGUGGUUGCACUUCUAGAGGUCUGGAAGGACAACCGUACUGAUGAUAUCCCUGAAUUACAUACGGAUCUCUCUGACAUUGUAGAAGGCAUAUUGAAUGCACAUGAUACCACAAAGAUGGGUCAUCUUACUCUGGAAGACUAUCAGAUCUGGAGUGUGAAAAAUGUUCUUGCCAAUGAAUUUUUGAAUCUCCUUUUCCAGGUAUGUCAUAUAGUUCUGGGAUUAAGACCAGCUACUCCAGAAGAAGAAGGACAAAUUAUUAGAGGAUGGUUAGAACGAGAGAGCAGAUAUGGUCUGCAACCAGGACACAAUUGGUUUAUCAUCUCCAUGCAGUGGUGGCAACAGUGGAAAGAAUAUGUCAAAUACGAUGCUAACCCUGUUGUAAUUGAGCCAUCAUCUAUUAUGAAUGGAGGGAAACAUUCGUUCGGAACACCAGUACAUCCUAUGGAGCAGGGUGAAGACAGAAUUGGUGGCAGCCUCAGUUAUGUGAAUGCCACAGAAGAGAAAUUUUCAGACAACAUUUCUACUGCAUCUGAAGCCUCAGAAACUGCUGGCAGCGGCUUUCUGUAUUCUGCCACACCAGGGGCAGAUGUGUGCUUUGCUCGACAACAUAACACUUCUGACAAUAACAACCAGUGUUUGCUAGGAGCCAAUGGGAAUAUUUUGUUGCACCUUAAUCCUCAGAAACCAGGGGCUAUUGAUAACCAGCCACUAGUAACUCAAGAACCAGUAAAGGCUACAUCAUUAACACUAGAAGGAGGACGAUUAAAACGAACUCCACAGCUGAUCCAUGGACGAGAUUAUGAAAUGGUCCCAGAACCUGUGUGGAGAGCACUUUAUCAUUGGUAUGGAGCAAACCUGGCCUUACCUAGACCAGUGAUCAAGAAUAGCAAGACAGACAUUCCAGAACUGGAAUUAUUUCCUCGCUAUCUUCUCUUCCUGAGACAGCAGCCUGCUACUCGGACACAGCAGUCUAACAUCUGGGUGAAUAUGGGAAAUGUACCUUCUCCGAAUGCACCUUUAAAGCGGGUAUUAGCCUAUACAGGCUGUUUUAGUCGAAUGCAAACCAUCAAGGAAAUUCAUGAAUAUCUAUCUCAAAGGCUGCGCAUUAAAGAGGAAGAUAUGCGCCUGUGGCUAUAUAACAGUGAGAAUUACCUUACUCUGCUGGAUGAUGAGGAUCAUAGAUUGGAAUAUUUGAAAAUCCAGGAUGAACAGCACCUGGUAAUUGAAGUUCGCAACAAAGAUAUGAGUUGGCCCGAGGAGAUGUCUUUUAUAGCAAAUAGUAGUAAAAUAGAUAGACACAAGGUUCCCACAGAAAAGGGAGCCACAGGUCUGAGCAACCUGGGAAACACAUGCUUCAUGAACUCAAGCAUCCAGUGUGUUAGUAACACACAACCACUGACACAGUAUUUUAUCUCAGGGAGACAUCUUUAUGAACUCAACAGGACAAAUCCCAUUGGUAUGAAGGGACAUAUGGCUAAAUGCUAUGGUGAUUUAGUACAGGAACUUUGGAGUGGAACUCAGAAGAAUGUUGCCCCAUUAAAGCUUCGGUGGACCAUAGCAAAAUAUGCUCCCAGGUUUAAUGGAUUCCAGCAACAAGACUCCCAAGAACUCCUGGCGUUUCUCUUGGAUGGUCUUCAUGAAGAUCUCAACCGAGUCCAUGAGAAACCAUAUGUGGAACUGAAAGACAGUGAUGGCCGACCAGACUGGGAAGUAGCUGCAGAGGCCUGGGACAACCAUUUGAGAAGAAAUAGAUCAAUUGUUGUGGAUCUGUUCCAUGGGCAGCUGAGAUCUCAAGUCAAAUGCAAGACAUGUGGGCAUAUAAGUGUCCGAUUUGACCCUUUUAAUUUUUUGUCUUUGCCACUACCAAUGGACAGUUAUAUGCACUUAGAAAUAACAGUAAUUAAGUUAGAUGGUACUACCCCUGUACGAUACGGAUUAAGACUGAAUAUGGAUGAAAAGUACACUGGUUUAAAAAAACAGCUGAGUGAUCUCUGUGGACUUAAUUCAGAACAAAUCCUUCUUGCAGAAGUGCAUGGUUCCAACAUAAAGAACUUCCCUCAGGACAACCAAAAAGUGCGACUUUCAGUGAGUGGAUUUUUGUGUGCAUUUGAAAUUCCUGUUCCUGCAUCUCCAAUUUCAGCUUCUAGUCCAACACAGACAGACUUCUCUUCUUCCCCAUCUACGAAUGGAGUAUUCACCCUGACUACCAAUGGGGACCUACCCCGACCAAUAUUCAUCCCCAAUGGAAUGCCAAACACUGUUGUGCCAUGUGGAACUGAGAAGAACUUCACAAAUGGAAUGGUGAAUGGUCAUAUGCCAUCUCUUCCUGACAACCCCUUUACAGGCUACAUCAUUGCAAUCCACCGAAAAAUGAUGAGGACAGAACUGUAUUUCCUGUCAUCUCAGAAGAAUCGCCCCAGCCUCUUUGGAAUGCCAUUGAUUGUUCCAUGUACUGUGCAUACACGGAAGAAAGACCUAUAUGAUGCAGUUUGGAUUCAAGUAUCUCGAUUAGCCAGCCCACUCCCACCUCAGGAAGCUAGUAAUCACGCUCAGGAUUGCGAUGACAGUAUGGGCUAUCAAUAUCCGUUCACUCUACGAGUUGUGCAGAAAGAUGGGAACUCCUGCGCGUGGUGCCCAUGGUAUAGUAUUGCUGUGGAUUGGGACCCCACAGCCCUUCACCUUCGCUAUCAAACGUCACAGGAAAGGGUCGUAGAUGAGCAUGAGAGUGUGGAACAGAGUCGGCGAGCGCAAGCUGAACCCAUCAACCUGGACAGUUGUCUCCGUGCUUUCACCAGUGAGGAGGAGCUGGGGGAAAAUGAGAUGUACUACUGCUCCAAGUGUAAGACCCACUGCUUGGCAACCAAGAAGCUGGAUCUCUGGAGGCUUCCACCCAUCCUGAUUAUUCACCUUAAACGAUUCCAAUUUGUAAAUGGUCGAUGGAUAAAGUCACAGAAAAUUGUUAAAUUUCCUCGGGAAAGUUUUGACCCUAGUGCUUUUUUGGUACCAAGAGACCCGGCUCUCUGCCAGCGUAAACCACUCACACCCCAGGGGGACGACCUCUCUGAGCCAAGGGUUCUGGCAGGAGAGGUGAAGAAAGUGGAUUCUCAGAGCUCAGCUGGGGAAGACGAUGUGCUCCUGAGCAAGAGCCCGUCCUCGCUCAGUGCAAACGUCAUCAGUAGCCCGAAAGGUUCACCUUCUUCAACAAGGAAAAGUGGAACCAGCUGUCCCUCCAGCAAAAACAGCAGCCCUAACAGCAGCCCACGGACUUUGGGGAGGAGCAAAGGGAGGCUCCGGCUUCCCCAGAUUGGCAGCAAAAAUAAACUGUCAAAUAGUAAGGAGAACUUGGAUGCCAGCAAAGAGAAUGGGGCUGGGCAGGUCUGUGAGCUGGCUGAUGCCUGGAGCCGAGGGCAUUUGCUGGGGGGCAGCCAACCUGAGCUGGUCACCCCUCAGGACCACGAGGUAGCUUUGGCCAAUGGAUUCCUCUAUGAGCAUGAGGCAUGUGGCAAUGGCUAUAGCAAUGGUCAGCUUGGAAACCACAGUGAAGAAGACAGCACUGAUGACCAAAGAGAAGAUACGCGUAUUAAGCCUAUUUAUAAUCUAUAUGCAAUAUCGUGCCAUUCAGGAAUUCUAGGUGGGGGCCAUUACGUCACUUAUGCCAAAAACCCAAACUGCAAGUGGUACUGUUACAAUGACAGCAGUUGUAAGGAACUUCACCCUGAUGAAAUUGACACCGACUCUGCCUACAUUCUUUUCUAUGAGCAGCAGGGGAUAGACUAUGCACGAUUUCUGCCAAAGAUCGAUGGCAAAAAGAUGGCAGACACAAGCAGCAUGGAUGAAGACUUUGAGUCUGAUUACAAAAAGUACUGUGUGUUGCAGUAAAGCUACCACUCUCGCUGCUAGACAGCCUGGUGGUGAGGGAGAUGACUCCUUGUAGCUGACAUUUGGCAAAAGCAUCAGUGAAAGGCAAGCUAAAUGUAGUUAUUUUAUCCUGUGACCCUGAAGCACAAAAUAAAAAUCCUAAUUAAAAUAGCAGUUAACUUUAA